CAUGCUGCCCUUUCCCUCCCAAAAAGAAGCACUUUGUAUGAGUUGGAGUGGGUGCACAGGCAGAUUUGUCAAGUCUACAGUACUUAUAUUUUAUUAAUCUGUAUCUUUCAGUACUAUCAUAGACUGGCUUUCCACAACUAGAAGUUAAAAAGCUCCACAAAGAUCCUGGAUGACACUCUGGACUGACUAAGAAUACUGCAGGAAACUGAGGACCCUGAGCUGCGCUCGGCAGCCCCAAGACAAUGGCAGAGUGCACUCUGGAUGCCAAUCCGGCCAAGGUGAUCCAGAAUCCAAAGGCUGACAUUAACGACUCCAGUGAAGUUUCAGCUGAGUCUGCAUCGGUGGCAGCGGUCAAAGUAAGACCUACAGACUUGGGGCUGAUUCGAAGCUUGUCCAAGUCGGACUCUGACUUGUUGGCGUCACCACUCGGGGAGGAGGAUGGAGGUCUGGCUGGCCGCAGUGGAUCCGUGUCUAACUGCAGCUCUGGGCAGCCGUCCAUAGAGCGCAUGCCUUCCUUUGCCUCUGAGUGGGAUGAGAUUGAGAAGAUCAUGAACUUGAUUGGAGCAGGCAUUGAAACGUCCAAAAAGAAACAGCCCACACCAAGCUCAGAUGGGGCCUGUGGUAAAGCCCUGGACCAGCCGGUUGGAGAGUGGCUGGAGCACGUGGGGCUGCCGCAGUACGAGAGCAAGUUUCUGCUCAAUGGCUUCGAUGACCUACGAUUCAUGGGAAGUAACGUGAUGGAGGACCAGGAUCUCAGAGACAUUGGGAUCACUGACCCAGGACACAGAAAGAAAAUCCUCCAUGCGGCACGCAGCUUGCCCAAGGUUAAAGCACUGGGCUGUGAUGGCAGCACAUCUCUUGCCUCCUGGCUGGAUGGCCUCGGCCUGCAUGAAUAUCUGCCCAACUUUCUUUCAAGUGGCUACCGCACACUGGAGUGUGUUAAGAACCUGUGGGAACUGGAGAUUGUCAAUGUUAUUAAGAUUGGUGCCCUGGGCCACAGGAAGAGGAUCAUUGCCUCUCUAGCAGAGAGACCCUAUGAGGAGGCACCGUCUAAGUCCCGUCGUCUGUCCCCAAUUAUGUUUCAUGACCUCCUGUCCCAGACCACAUCUCCACUCAGUCAAAUGGACCCCUACACCAGUCGCUCCAUGGACAUGCUCCUGCCCUUGACAGAGUCAGACCGGAGGCGGAGAGGAGUUGAACAAGACUGUAGUGUUUCUCUGCGUUCAUAUAGUGAGAGGCCGCGCUCUGUAGACAGACAGAGUGAACGACACAAAGACUCUCGUUUAAACCUCCGGCCGCCGAGCCACUCUGCUACCUACGCCACGGUGUCCGCCUGGCAUCACCAGCCUGAGAAACUCAUCCUGGACUCCUGCGGGUACGAGGCAACUUACCUAGGAUCAAUGAUAAUCAGGGAUCUACGAGGGAUUGAGUCCACACAAGAUGCCUGUGCUAAAAUUAGGAAAUCAAAGGAUUCCAGAAAGGGCCCAGUUGUCAUACUGUCCAUUACCUACAGAGGGGUCAAGUUCAUUGAUGCAGCCACGAAGACUAUAGUUGCAGAGCACGAGAUCAGGAACAUCUCGUGUGCUGCUCAGGACCCAGAUGACCUCUGCACUUUUGCUUAUAUUACCAAGGACCUGAAGAGUGGCCACCACUUCUGUCAUGUCUUCAGCACUGUGGAAGUGACACAGACCUACGAGAUCAUCCUAACACUGGGACAGGCAUUUGAGGUGGCCUAUCAGAUGGCAAUGCAGUCGAGGGCGAGACACUAUGUCCCACCUUCAUCUAUGGCCUCAGAGGUCAUAGAGACCAAAACCAGCCGUCCUGUGUCUCAGUCAUGGAGCAGCAUGCGGAGAUCAGCAAUCGACCCCCUGGAGAUGGACGCAGACAUGCAGUCCCUGGGCAGCACCACCUGGCUCUUGGACCAGCGGGAAUCCAACAGGCGCCCCGUCAGCACCAAGUACGAGACCACCAUAUUCUGAGGCCGGAUCCCCACAGCCGCCCCUCUGCACCCCCCUCGUACUUUCCUCUUCCCCCUGCAUCUGGUUCUUUACUCAUCUCUCACACACAUACAUAUAUAUAUACAUGCGAGCCCCGUGCCUUCUCACUGUGAUGGUAUAGCAUCCCUCAGGGCUGCCUACUCCUGCACCCUCCUUUGCCCUGCCCAGCGACCCACACCAACCUCUGUACCCACCAUGACAAACACUCCUGCGGCUCUCCCGUGCCUCCCCAACACCCCUGGCAGCCUCCCUCGCCUGUUGCUGCUGCCGGCGGAGCCCUGGAACGGAUGAUCCUGGACUGAUGUCAUUUUACAGUGGCCCUGCUCUCUCAACCAAACUGCCUCUUCCUCCUCAUCCUCCUCCUCCUGACAACUUGCAUCUGCCUCCAAAUCCCAGAUAGCUCCCAGAGGUUGCAUCUUUAUUAUUCCUCCUCUUUCAGGCCAUUUUUAAAAAUUGAUUCUCCACAGGCAAAACAAGCAUGUUCAGUUUUUAUUUUCAUCUGUAUCUCGACGCCACAUUGGCUUGAAGUUUAAUUUCCAGAAAGCUUUAAGUUUGUAAUAUUGAGUAAACUACAACAAACUACACAUUUUUAUUCUUAAUUUACUGAAUUAUUUGAUUGUUUGGUUGUUUUGCCUCAAGACAGUUAUUUAUUUUUUUUCUUUCUCCAUCUUUAGCUUGUCCUGUCUUACCAGGCAUCUACCACUGUGAGGCACUAUGAGGAGGCUGCUUUGCUAGCAUGGGAUGCAAGACGGACAAUUAAUCAAAACAGCAACAUGCAGCAAACAACCUGUUUUUUUUUCUACGCAUUUGUACAAUACUCAUAAUAACAUGAUGGAUCGGUCAUAAAUCUAUCACUGAUGUCUGAACUCAAACGGACCAAGAACUGAACCUCGCACACACACACAGGAGGACAAUUUUCCUACACCUUACUGAGGACGACAGCCUUACUCCCUUUCGGUUACCUAUAAUCAACUAAAGCCCCCCACCUUUCUCCGACCUUCCUGAAUACUACCGCCACUACCCAACAACUGCACGAUCCCCCCUGCUUCUAAAAGACUAAAAAAAGACAACACUUCUGAUUUCCUGGUGUGUUUAAAUUGACUGUGACUAGGCUGGGAUGACGACGCUCUUAUGAUGGUACAGUUUUGUCCAGAUGAGUCUCUGCUCUGGCCUUGUACUGCCCUGUUCUGCAGUCUCUCAGCACUCAUGGUAGCAACGAGAGACUGCAAAUCACAGCAUCUUCUUCUUGUCAAUUUAAAAAAAAAAAACACUGUGUUAAAACAUGGCACUAUCCCUUUUAAUACCUUCUUUUCUUUUCUUACGGUGCAAAUAGGACAAUUAGUGCAUUUGUGAUACUUUUUGAUAGACGGGGGUUGACUGAAAUAACUUUGGGAGAGAGUGAGCAAGAAGGGAUCACGAGGGAUCCCGACAUUGUUACAACCAGAGGCAAAAAAACAAAGACAAAUACCGCCCAAACAAUUACGCAAGCAUAUCGAGUGUACUGACAUCGGUUUCACAUUUCACAAUUUUGUUAAUGUAAACAAAAACAUCGCGAUUUAAUUCAUCUCGAGUAUAUUAAAGAGCCUCGAGCGUUAUUUUGGCGCACAUUUCCCAACAUAGCAUCUUAUUAUCAUGAUUACAUGGGUAGGUAUCCGUGCUGUUUCACACCAAUUUAGAAUUAGGUACAGUACAUGCAAAGUAUGUCACUUGCAAAUAAACAGCAGUGAAAAGAUUUAAUUUCACAACAUUAAAAGAGCCAAAUCUAAGUGUUGCUCUGGUGUCGUGUUAAUGCGAAUGGAUUUGUUAUGCUGAGAACAUGACACAGUUUUUUUUUUAAAAAAAGAAGAAUUUCCCUCCUGCACUGUGACUCAAAAAUGCUCGUUGUGGAGUCGACACGUAUCUGUGGGUUCUCCCCUGUGUGCACUAACGACUGUGCGUGCUGUAUGCUUUGUUUCUGUCUGUCCUCAUGGGAGUUUGGACUGUUACCGUUACAUCACUGUCCACUGUCCUUGUUUCUGUGUGCUGCAGGAGAAGUGAGGUAUUGAGCUCCUCUCCAUAAGACAGUGUGGCUGCAGACUGACUGUUGAAAUGUAGCUGGUCUGUGUGCGGUACCGUGGCUGUGUCAUUGCCACUCUGUUCUGACUGUUAACUGUUAGCUUCCACUGAUGAUGCAUGUUGGCAGUGUUUCUUUGUGUUUUGUACCCUUUGAUGCACUUGGCCUGAGCAGUCUUUGUAUGUACUGUAGCAGUGUCUCGUCUCUUCUCACUCAUCUGCCAUUUGCUUUUUAUGUUCCCUCUUCGUUACACACCAAUACAGCGAUUCAUCUUCAUCCCUCCACGUUUCCAUUGUCGUCAUUUCCUCCAACAUUUUGUCACGUAUGUUCUUCCAUUUUGUGUGUCACCAAGACAACCUGCUCUAGUAUGAAUGCAUAAUGUAAAAGCAUUACACUUUAAUGAGCAGCAGCUAUUUAAAGCAAGUUUUGGUGGCAUGUUAUGGCUGUGCAUGUACCGGUCUUUUUAACAUUGGUGUUUUCCUUGUGUAGCUCACCCCAGCGUUCAAGUUUCCGGAUACCAAGCUGUGAGUUGAAGGGGAGCAGCCGAUCUGAGUGUGUUUGCGUGUGUUGAGUUUAGAGGGCAGAGCAGUGGAAAAGAGAUAGAGACAGAGAGAGAGAGAGAGAAAAUGAGAGGUAAGCCUUACGCAACAUGCAGGGCCAAACCAGCGCUACUCUGACAUUUAGAUCUCACUCUGUAUAUCCCCCUGCUCCUCCACUGCCCCUGAAAUGAAUUCCAACACACAGAUGAAAGGUAACCCACAUCACUGGCCAAACAGGACCGGUGUAUCACUCCUGUCUUGAGAGAGGUCAGUCAGUAAAGGUCAAGUCUUAUUUCCUGGCCUCCAUGUGACUUUCUGAUCUUGUCAUGUAGGUACUGUAAUGUUUAGAGCACUGUAGACCAUUAAUGAUAUAGACCAUUAAUGAGCAUUUCUAUUGAUUCAGGUCUAUUGGAGAUAGUAACUCGGAAUUAUUAAGGGUUAACAGAAAUGUAACAAAAUGUAGAGAGAGAGAAAAAAAAAAACUGUACCAGCAUACAAUGCUUUGCCCAUGUUUGUGGACAGAGUAUGGUUUGUCAAAGAAAA